UGCUUUCAGUGAACGUGUUACGUCACUGUAUACAGAUUAUUGUUUAUUUUUAAUUGUUAUAUUCAUAGAUUUCUUAGAGUAGCCUGUUAGAAUAGUGUAAAAUAAAAUCCUGAUGAUCAGAUCCAGCCAAUGACAAUAAAAAAAUGAAUUAUGAGGAUUUCUACCUGGAUCGUCAGUUAAAGAAAGAAAGCAAAGGAAGUCCAGCUAUAGACUUAAUAAAAGGCUUGGACUCUAGAAGAAUACAACAAAAUGCCAAGAAUACAGAAAGUUUGCAGUUAUAUGCUGAACAAGAAUUUAUACGAAAAGCAAAUUAUGCUGAAAUGAAAUGUGAUCUUCCGGGCACGCCACGGUCAUCUUUCUUGAUGGUGUUCAGCCCGGAUGGAACUAAAAUAGCAUCAACUCAUGGCAAUCACAACAUAUACGUGACAGAUAGCAGGAGUGGUAAGAAUAUUAAAACAUUGGUGGGACAUCCAAGAACCCCAUGGUGUAUUGCAUUCCAUCCUACCUCCAACCAGAUCAUUGCGUCUGGUUGUUUGGGUGGACAAGUCCGCAUCUGGGACCUUAGUGGGGGAAGUGAAGUUUGGACAACUAGCAAUGAGUCUGUUAUAGCGUCAAUUGCUUUUCAUCCAAACGACAGGGUUUUGGUUAUAGCGACCUAUAAUGAGGUGUAUUUUUGGGAUUGGAGCAAGCCUGAACCGUUUGUCCAAUGCUCAACCAACAACCCUAAAGAAAAGGUACGGUACGUCGCCUUUGAUAACCUGGGACACAAAUUGAUCACAGGCAUCGCCAAUAGCCCCCAGACGCGAUGGGAGAGGGUGAGGGCCCCGGUUCCGGUUCCUCGCCAAGCCGACCGUUGCAUAAAUUACAGGCGUCGCAUUACGCCACGCCUGGUCACCAAUUUGCAACAACAGCAGCGAUUGCCCCCACCACUUUUGGCUGAAGUAGCGGCAAUGGCGGAGCCGACUUUGGUCACACCCAGAAAUUCUGGAAGUGCGCCUUACUCAAAUAUACCCGAGAGAGAGCGUAGGAUCACGAGUUGCUAUAGGAAUUUGGUGCGGGAGUACGAGCAAUUGGUACAGCGGUACUUGCAGUUGUACAGGCCCAGGACCAUGAUUGACAGAGGAACUGAUCCAAUGGAACCCAGUUCAAGUAGCACCAGCAGUGGCACCCAGACGCCGGAACCAUCAUCGUCCAGUGCUGAACCAGCUGCCCUCUCCACCCCAGUCCCAUGUGCUGGCUCCUCAUCAACUCCUGCAGAUACUUCCACUCCCGAUAAUCAGCCGAUACCUACAGAUUCUCCGUCGACAACAAGUAGUUUAAAUUGUCCAACAAAUUUGCAACCAUCUACGAGUCGUGGAUCAAACCCUACUAAACCUAAGGUUCCAUGUGAAUGUCAACCGUCCACGUCCAGUACUACGUCACAACAGAAUCUCAUAUCGCCUAGCAAGAUUUUCUCCAUUAUGAUCAACCAGUCGCCGACCACCAGGCCGACACAGACGCCCGAAUCUAGAAAACACAAGGCGACAGAACCUGAAGGAGAUGCCAGUAAUAGGGAAAAGCGACCAAAAAUUGAGGAAAUGCAGAACCGACUGAUGUCCAUUAUGAAUAACCUUAAUGACACCAGUACUCAAACUCAGGGGGAGAACAACUUGUUUAGUCCGUGGCGGACGCUCCAAUUAAGCAAAACUCGCCCACAAACUGCCACAAGUCUUGACCAACCUUCCACGUCCAACAACCAACCAUCUACAAGUCAAUCUUCUUCAAACGCCACCGAAAAUUCUGAACCUAGUGCGAGUACUGACGUGUCACUACCCAGUACAAGUAAUACUGAGCCAGUGCCAAAUUCUGAGACGAACGUGGAUGACUUGCUGCUAAAUAUACGACGCACCGCCGAGGAGGAAGUCAGAAACAGGAUUUUGCCUAUCAUAAGGUCCGUGCCUGAGAACGACAGGCCUGUUCUGAUUAGACUGUUCGAGGAUAGUCGGGAGCAGCAUCGCAUGCAUUUCCGUCAGAUGUACUUGGCGCGAGGCAACAAGAAGCUGAGGUGGCAUAGACGGAACAUAAACACGUCCUCCCAGAACAACAGUAGUUCCGACGAGGAGUCGAAUAACAAUUCCCACAGGUAUCCACAGAGACAGGUUACACCCCCAGUGGCACAAACCACUACUACGGCUAGCGAAGGAGGGUCGGAACAGACGCGACCUAAUUCUAUGAGGAAUUAUAAUACUGAAUUGGAACAGUUGGUAACUGAAUUGUUGACUGAAAUUGAGAACCAAAAUGAGACUGCCCGAGCUCUAGAUGCGGAUGGCGUUAAUGUUUCAACAAUUACUACUUCUACCACAAGUGUUACACAAGAAAGUAACAGUUCCACAAGUACCUAUACGGCACCUUCAACUUCUACAACAGCUUCCACAACUGAUGGGCCACAAUCUCCAAACUCCCUUUUUCAGACUGCUUUAGUAUUCUCCAGGGUGUCAUCCACGCCUACGGCCUCCCUCCCUUCGACGACUAGCUCUAGUUCUUCAUCCCAACCAACUUCAGUACGAGACGAGACCACGUCAGUGCCGGAAACCGCCUUUAGUUCUGCCACAAGUGCUAACUCAACUGGAAACACAUUAGAUUCUACUUCUCCGACCCAUUUAUCGUUUCUGCGGGCACUCUCGGUGGCCAACGAAGCCGGCUCGGCUGUUAGAGCUAGUUUAAAUGAACUGAGAGAGACUCUGGGCAGUACUACCCCUGGAACAAAUGAUGUUUGUUUUUUAUAUCCGCGUGGAUCAAGAAUUCCGUCUAGCUGUGAACCCACUCCAAUGCCUCAAAUGAGAAAUUCGCCCAUCAGACCCAGCAGGCGACAUUUACUACCAGAGCCGGUCGUGACGAAUUCACACUGUACGAGGCAUAUGCGAAAUGCGGCGUAUUAUUCCAACUUAGAUGAUACGUUAGGUUCAUCACCGAGCGAUGAUGACCGAGUACCGGAAGAAACAGAUGCUACAAAUCCAACAGCUACGGCAACUACCUCCUCUACUACCACCACCACAUCAACAAGCACAACGUUAACGGAAACGUCUUCGCCAUCGGUGACAACGAUGAACACGUAUACCAGAACGACAAGCGAUCCUAUCUAUACCUCAAAUUCUAGACGGAGGUGUGGCUUCAGUAUGUUAUCAGCUUUCAGACCGACCAGAGUAAAUUAUGCGGCUUCGCGGCUGCGCAGAUCCCACGAUCAUUCCCCAAGAGUUCGUAGAUUAGGAUCGCCACUAUCAACUUUGUAUGGAAGACAAAUGUCGGGAUCUUUUGCGUUAGAUGAGCUAAUCAAUUACUCAGAGAGGGCGAAUUCUGAAGAUGAUCCUCCUCUUAAUCUGUCGUCCUACGAUAUGACUUUCAAUCCGUGGCCGGGUGAAAACCGGAACCAACGCGACAAUUCCGGCAUCAGUAAUAUGUAUUCGAAUAUCGUGCAAGACUUGGAGUUCAGCUUGAAUGAUGUGAGGAACAUUAGAGCUAGUAACAGACCAAGGGAAACAUCAGACAUGCUGAACAGUUAUACGGAUCGUUUGGAAAACAUUAUGAACCAGUCUGAAGUUAUACUGAGAAAUUUGAGUAGGUCUAUGGAGCUUAUUUCACAAACAACAGAUCAAAACUUGUCUAGCAACAACCGAGUGUCUUGGAGCUUCUACGAUCCGUCCUUUUAUGUGCGGGACCAAAGAACUGAGGGAAAUCAAGAAACUGGGGAAUCUAGUAGCAACGUUCCAGAUAUUAACAUGCCAUUCAAUGCAGUUGCCUCCGAUCAUACGUAUCCUCGUAAUCCGGACAGUCCACAGCAGAACACCAACGGCGACCAAGUGUCCCCUCUCAUAACUUCACUUCACAUCGUCAUCACUCACAUUCAGAGGCAGGCGAGGUUACUGAGGCAACAAGUCGAGAGUAUCGGAAGGAUUGAUAGGGCCAUGGUGGAAGUUUCACAGUUGCGUCUCAUGCGCCAACUAGUCCUAGAACUCGUCCGGAAUCUGCGGAGCAUCACAGCGGAAAGCCGUUCCAGCGGCAUGUCCAGCGUGCGCCAAAUGAUGGCCGGCACGAGAAUUAGUGAUUCCGGACCAUGCGAGACGUCGACAGCAGCAGAAGGUCUCAGUUCCGCUUCCAAUAAUGACGUUGGCAACGUUAGUCCUCCUGUUACUGCGUCACCACCGGCUUCGUCAGCUCAGGAGGUCAACUCUCCCGAAGCCAAUAAUUCAAGUACAUCCGCGGAACCUAGCACCAGCUCUGGAGGUGAAAGUAGUUUGCCUCCUCGAAGCAAACCUAGGACGUCUGGUCGGAAGACGUAUCCUCCCUCCAGGUCGGUGACUUAUUUUACAAAAUUCUUUCGGUCGGUGAGGGUAUGUCGUAGACCACCACCGCCACAUUUCCGUUACACAAAUCGCGGCGAUCGCGAAAGUCGCCAGUCGUCACAGUCAAGAUCCACCGACACUGGAAACAACCGCCAAAACACCACGCCUUUCACUAAUUUCUCCGUCAUCAACUCGUCAACGUUGUCCGUGAUGACACGCCGUCUGGAAAACUUAUUGGCUGAGCAGUUGCGUCACUUUUCGAGGGCCACAACGGAAGGAACUGCAACGACAACGACGACGUCUUCGACUUCAACGUCUACUUCAACAUCCACUUCAACGUCCACAACAAGCUCCACGACGAGGGCACCUAUUGAUUUAGGUGAACACAUGCUCGCUUUGAGGUUGCAUGGAAGUGUGCUGAGAGUGAAUAGGAUGCUGGGCAACGGUAGGACCAAUUUGCAAUCUGAUCCACAGGCUGCUGUUACUUCAGAUGGAAUGUCGAGGUACCCAGUGAGGAACACUCUAAGUUUAAUCGUGGAUGGCCUCAGCCGUCACCUGGCUGAGAUGGACGCGUCCACUGUGAUCAUGAUCCGGGAGAUGCAUAGCGUACUUGCUCUGUCCCUCCUACUUGUUGAGCUGCUUCUGCUCCAGGUGGUAGAGUCAAUCCCGCCGCCCACCGGCAUCAACCUGGAUCCGGAACGCGAAGCUUUGACCACACGUAUCGACGUAAUGUGCGGGGAGAUGCUCGGUGGCGGUUUCGGGAAUUACUCUCACCAGCUGACGAGAAGUUUGAUGUUGCUGAGAUUGACUAUGGGGCAUGCAAGGGAAUUGGGGCAGACUUAUAACGCAUGGAGGAAUGCCAUGCUACCCAGUGUGGAGACUGAUAGGGUGGAGUUGCUGUGCUCCAUUGGGAGGUGCUUAACGUCCUUCCGAAGAGCCCGAAUAAGACACAUGGCCACCACCUCGGAGCAGAGUACUUCUAAUUCGGCCAACACACCGCUUCCCAACGUGGACGUCCCAAACGUUCCAACGUCCACUCCAGGAGAAGGAAACGAAGCUGGAUCACCUACUCUACGCCCCUUUAUGACACUAUCGGAAAUUGUGCGCAGUUACGCCCGAUUUGAGGAGUAUCUACGCAACACCCCGUCGACAUCCAGGGACACAACCAGGGAACGUCCAGCAACCCAGCCACGUUUCAGCAACACCUUCAGCAAUAACAGCGAUGACAACGACGAGGACUCAGACUGGGUGGCUAGGGGCAACCCUAGUAACAACAACAACAAUAAUAAUAACAACAACAACAACAACAACAACAACAACAACAAUAAUAAUAACACGAGUAGUACCACCAGCAACACCUAUCGUUCAACCAACCCUAACUUGAGUGGCGACGGACCGGGUCGCUUCUGGCCAGUGCCAUCCCUCCACAUCAAUGACGUGCCCGUCUCCGAACCGUCGACGUUCCAGCAACGCAUGAUGUCUCAAAGACACCGAUUCCCGGAUAGGGCGUCGGAGUUGCGGCACAAUGCCUCGUUCGGGCUGUUCCGGCCGAGGUUCCUGCAUCCGUUGUACGCAAGCGUGAAUCCUUUCGACGAUGACCUGGAUGACCCACAGCGGGAGCCGCUGUACGAGACCGACAUGAUAACGACGGUCACCCCCAAUCACAGACUGCAGGCUUGGGAUAUAUCGGACUGGAGUGUACCCUCUAUUAGUAACUCUUUGAAGAACGUAAUCGUUGGAGAAUGUAAAAUACACAACGAUGCAAGCGUAGAUAUUGCCAAAGAUGGGACCUUAUUAGUAACUCUUCUGCCUUCUGGGGGUUACUUGAACGUGACUAAUAGACUUGGUGUGUACAGUUUAAGAUGGGAGACAUUGGGGCAGUGUCUCUAUACAACGAGCUUUGAACAAAACGCCGUUUCUGUGUCGUUGUCGCCGUUGAGUCGUCACUUGUUGGUAGGACUGGCGUCCCGACGUGUGUCCAUAGUUACGCACGAUCGAUGGGCGAUGGCACGCAUCUUUAAGAUUGAACAAAAAGACGUGCCUGGCGAUAGGCUGCCGAUGAUUCGAGAACUAGAUCAGUCGAGGGACAGCAGAAUAAAUUGUAUUAGAUGGUUGCCAUACUCUGGCCAGGGUAUUAUUUAUGGAACCAAUACGGGGCAGUUGAUUGUUUUGACUUAGAUCUUUCAUUUAUAACAAAUAUCUGAAUAGAAGUUACCGUUAUCGUCAUAAAAGUCGCCAUGUAACGCAUACCUAGGUAUGUUUGUUAGUUGUUUUUUGAUCAUAUUAACUGUAAAUAAUUUUCAAAGUGAAUGCACAUAUUAUGACAUCACUGGUAACUAUUUAAGUACUUUUAUUUAACAUUUUAAAUGAGACGUUAAUUCCAUUCAAAUAAACUGUACAUACUUGUUUCAAUUACAUUUUGAUGGUCAAGAUGCACUGUUGCAUUUGAAAUUUGUCAAAUCAUUUUUGGGUGUAACACAAUCUCAUUGAAUGUUAUUUGGAACCCAAGUGCCCACAAUUUAAAAAUAUUUGUAAUAAUUUGCUUGUAUCACGUGCAAUUUUAUGUUCAGUAUAAAAAUGAAUUGCUUUUAAAAAUUAUAUAAAAUAUAGGUAAGUUAUUUUAAUUUGAUAUAUUGUGAACUGAACGUUUUAAAACAUAUUUACUACAUUAAGUUAUGUACUAUAAUCAUAUGGUGAUAUUUUCUAGUGAUACUUCAUUUUAUAUUUUAUUUAAUUAUAAGUAAUUUUUUGUAUGUCGUGUUGUUGAAAGUGUAAGAUAUUAAUGAAUUACUUUCUUUUUACUGUUUUUAUUUUAAAUUGCAAUAAAAUUUAACAUAAUCAGUAUUUUUUAUCUCGAACAUAUUCUUUUUUCAAAAAUGGUUUCUUUAUUUUUUAUACCUGUUUGUAAUUGUUUAAUUGUAUGAUCUUAUAAAUUAAUAUCAAAUGAAGUAGUUUUGUGUAUUAGCUAAAAGCAUGUUUCUCAUGACUGGUAUUCUAAGAUUGUAGGGAAACAUGUUUGACUGAUUUGCAUUGUACAUUUAAUUCAACAUAUUAUGUAGAUAUUUAUAAAAAUAAACUUAUUCAGAUUUA